AUUAGGUCUUCGGCUCUGCGCUUCGCUUAAACCCACGCCGGAACUCCUCUUUCUCGCCGUGGGACAUCGCGAAUCAGCCUCGAAGAAGCGAUGUGGGCAAGUGUAAGGCGAAAACUUCUCUCUGGCGGUGGCGGCCUCUCAUCUUCUUUUGUUUUAGAGGAGUCAUUGCUAGCCACUCGUUCUAAUCUGGCACCAUUAAUACGAUCUUAUUCUAUCGCCGGGAAAAGUACAUUGCCAUCCCUUGGAAGAGGAUCGUGUAACUCGCCAAAUGUUGAUUCCAAUAGUUACUUAGGAUUUCCAAUUGCCUCAAAGCCUGUAAGGGACCCUAUUUCAUUUUUUCAAAUGGAUGCCCUUAUUUAUAUGCUGAGCAGGUCAUUUUCUUCAGAUAGGCGUAAUAAUCCUGUACCACCUUUUGAAUCUUCAGCUCAGCAACUGUCUAAUGAAGAGGAAGCCAGAGUACGGAGGAACAUUGCCACAAGACUUCCUUUUGUUGACGCAUUCCUGCUGAAAGCGAAGAAUAAAAAGGAUCUUCUCUCUAACAAGAAAAUUUGGUCGCGCAGAUCUGUUAUUUUACCAGAAUUUGUUGGUUACUCUGUUCGUAUUUACAAUGGAAAAACAUUUGUUCGUUGUAAGAUCACUGAAGCAAAGGUUGGUCACAAAUUUGGAGAGUUUGCGUACACACGGAAGCGGAGAAUUGUCAGACAAAGUACGACUGGAAAAACACCCGGAAAAAAGAAGGGGAAAAAAUAGGCCCAAGUGUAUACAUUGCAAUUUGAAUUGAAGUUGGUUCACUGAGAAUGACUAAAGGUCAAGAGUAUUUCAUUUUGUUUUUCCUUCAGCGUCUUCAAUCUUUACACUAAAAAACCGCUGAUUCAAUGUCUUUCCUCUCAGCUCUGUGAUUCCCAACUGUGCUAAAAAAAGUGCCUAUAAUUUGGAACGAUGUAUGGUUUUAUGAUUGAUAAUAUGAAUUUGUUCUGUACCUUCUGUAUUCUACAGCUUAACAAUCAAAUAAGGAAUGAAUUUUGCUUGCUUCUGCUGCCUAA